AUGCUGAGUCGUGCCGUUCUGCCUCUGACGAGGCCCAACGUCCUCGCCUCUGCCUUUAGGGCCUCUUCGGCCCUGUCUGCCCAGCGGCCCCGGUGGUACGCUCAGGGCAAGGGCAGUACGCCGUACACUCUCCCCGAGUCUAUGCAGUCACAGGAGUCCAAAACGAAGAAGCGCAAGGCUACAAAGGAUACCCAACCCGCACAACAUGCCGCGGAACAACCCGAGUUCGAUACUAAGGCUCAGCCCGAGACUGACGCGGAAUCUACCAAACCCUCUGAAGCCGAAGAAUUCCCCUCGAAGCCGCUCCCUGACCUCACCCAGGGUAUCCCAUCGACACUAUUUGCAGAGCUCGAAGGCCGUUCCAAGAAGUCACAGCUCAACCUCACCGAGGAUCCAACAUCAGAGGAAUAUAGCGAGGAGAAGCGAGGGGGUGGUGGUGAGAUCCCCAAGGGCGGAUAUGAAACAUCUAUGGAUCGUCGCAAGGCCCGCAUGGCCAACAUCAUGUACGCCGUGAUGCUGGCCGCCGGUGUCGCUGGAAUAGGCUAUCUCGGCCGCAACUGGGAAUCCGAUGAGGAGGAGCGCGCUCACCCUCAGCAACCAUCUGGAUGGGGCUUGGGUUCCUGGUGGAACCGUGCCACGGCUCGCACCAGUGAUCUCACCAGCUACUACAAGGACCCUGCCUUCCCUAAGUUGCUUCCGGAUGAGGACCCUGCCAUGCGCCAGCCCUACACCCUGGUGCUCAGUCUUGAGGAUCUUCUCGUUCACAGCGAGUGGAGCCGUGAGCACGGGUGGCGCGUUGCGAAGCGUCCUGGUGUCGAUUACUUCCUUCGCUACCUCAACCAGUACUACGAACUCGUUCUCUUCACCACCGUGCCCAGCAUGAUGGCCGACCAGGUUCUCCGCAAGCUCGACCCCUACCGUAUUAUCCGCUGGCCCUUGUUCCGUGAAGCUACCCGUUAUAAGGAUGGCGAGUAUAUCAAGGAUCUGGAAUACUUGAACCGAGACCUGUCGAAGGUCAUUCUCCUCGAUACCAAGGAAGAGCACGCCCGCCUGCAGCCUGAGAACGCCGUCGUCCUGGAUAAGUGGACCGGUGACCCCAAGGACAAGACCCUCGUCGCUCUCAUUCCCUUCCUGGAGUACCUUGCCGGUAUGGGUGUGGAGGAUGUCCGACCUGUGUUGAAGUCGUUCGAGGGUACUGUCAUCCCCGCCGAGUUCGCCAAGCGUGAGAAGGCCAUGCGUGAGCGUUUCGAAGCCGAUCUUGCCGAAGAGAAGAAGAAGAAGCCUUCUCUCUCCAUGGGCAGCCUUGCUGGUGCUCUUGGCCUGAAGUCUGGCCGUACCAUGGAUGGCGAGGUAUCUCCCUCCGAGGGUCUGGCCCAGGGCAAGAUGCUGUGGGAUCAGAUUCGCGAGCGUGGCCAGAAGAACUACGAGAUGAUUGACCGUGAGAUCCGUGAAAAUGGCGAGAAGUGGCUUGCUGAGAUGGCUGCCGAGGAGGAGAAGGCUCGCCAAGAGCAGAUGGCCAGCAUGAAGGGCUCCUUCACCGGUGUCUUUGGCGCCGGUGGCGGCAAGGAGUAA